AUGGCGGUCCAUCUUCGAGCUGUGCUCCUCUUUUCUUUGAUGGCUUCACCAGUUCUUGGCAUAUUUCACUUCAGUGGCCGGAUUAGAUGCAAGGAUAACAUGCUCAGCAUUAUCGUAAGUAAAGCAGUUUUUUGGUGACAUUUGACGAAAAACCAUCUUUCAGAAGGUCGACACCUUCGCCAAGUUCGCCUUAAGCGUCAAUUAUUGCGGCACUUUCAAGCUCGAAAGCAGCCCCAAACUUGCAGACGCAGGUGAAUUUGAAUUCUCGUGCUACGACGGUGCACUUCCUACCAAGUUUUAUACCCCAAUCGUGUAUAUGUGAGUUUAGAGUUUGGCACCGCAAUCUUACUUUGUUUAUUUUCAGUUACCACGCCUGUCAUGGACAAUGUCGCGUGGUAAAAUUGGUGAAUCAAUUUCAUAUCUCCUUGGACUUGGAGAACGAAGGAGAGCGCAGAGACGAUAAGACUUGCGUUCGGAAGUUUUAA